ACCACGGUCCGGUCACCGCCGCGGAAACUGCAAUUCCCAGAAAAUUAACCACAAAUUUCCGCGAAAAGCAAAGCAGGUUCCCCUCUUUCCCUCUCUCUCCUUCGACUUGACUUCACUCUGGAUCAGCAAUUCUUCGCUCCAGGUCGUUUCGUCUCAUCAUUCGUCCUCCAAGCCGAAAGCUGUAACCUUUUUCUUGCGAUUUUUGAUGGGGGUUGUUACUUCGACAAUCUCUUCUCUGUUCUUUCUGAGAUGGACGAUACGUGAAUUAGGGCUCCUGAUCAAGCUCUGAUUCGACAGAAAAAUCACGGAUGGGGAAUUAGAUCUCGGGUAUCCCAUACCAUGGCUAAUCUGACGGAGCAAUCCUCUUCACUCACCUUUACUUCUUCCUCUUACGUUUCCAAUGGAUCCAGCGCAGCAACGGUGGAGGUCGGAAACAGCUUGGAAGUAGUCAGCCUAAGCAGACUGAGCUGCAACCUCGAGAGGCUUUUAAUCGAAUCGGACUUCGAUUGCAGCGACGCCGAAAUAAUCAUCGAUGGUACUGCCAUAGGCAUCCAUCGAUGUAUCCUCGCGGCGAGGAGCAAGUUCUUCCAUGAACUCUUCUCGCGAGACACUGCGGCGGCGGGAGAGAAGAAGGGGGAGGUUGGGAAACCUAGAUAUGAAAUGAGUGAUUUGGUGCCGAGCGGGCGGGUCGGGAAGGAGGCUUUCAUGGUUUUCUUGAGCUAUUUGUAUACUGGCAAGUUGAAGGCGGCGCCUCCUGAGGCGUCGACCUGCGUGGAUGCGAUGUGCGCGCACGACGCGUGCUGGCCAGCGGUGAAUUUUGUGGUUGAGCUAAUGUAUGCUUCGUCGGCGUUCCAGAUUUCGGAGCUGGUUUCCCUUUUCCAGCGGCGCCUUCUCAACUUUGUUGACAAAGCUCUUGUGGAAGAUGUAAUCUCAAUACUCCUAGUGGCUUUCUGCUCAAAGCUCAGUCAAUUGCAGAGUCACUGUGUCCAGAGAAUCGCAAGGUCUGAUCUUGACAACGUUACUCUUGAAAAGGAAAUUCCAAUGGAAAUUGUUGAUGAGAUUAAAUUGAUACGGAGCAGCACUCAGCCAAAUGACUACGAUCCUUCAAAACUGGACCCCAUUUAUGAGAAAAGAAUUAGAAGAAUCCAUAGGGCUCUGGAUUCAGAUGACGUGGAACUUGUAAAGUUGCUCCUAACUGAAUCUGGCAUCACCUUAGAUGAUGCUUUUGCUCUCCAUUAUGCAGCAGCAUACUGUGAUUCCAAAGUUGUUGCAGAAAUUUUGGAUAUGGGAUUGGCCAAUGUUAAUCUAAAGAAUGACAGAGGCUAUACUCCUCUUCAUAUUGCCGCUAUGCGUCGAGAACCGGCGGUCAUUGUGUCCCUUCUAACCAAGGGCGCCUCUGCUUCAGAAACAACGACGGAUGGCCAGAGUGCUGUUAGUAUAUGUAGAAGAUUGACACGGGCAAAAGAUUAUUAUGCAAAAACAGAACAGGGUCAGGAGUCGAAUAAAGACAGGUUGUGCAUUGACAUUCUGGAGAGGGAGAUUAGAAGGAAUCCCUUGGCUGGGGAUAAGGCAGUGGCAUCGCCAUUGUUGGCUGGUGACCUGCACAUGAAGCUGCUGUAUCUGGAAAAUAGAGUUGCUUUUGCAAGAUUGUUCUUCCCUUCUGAAGCAAAACUAGCCAUGGAAAUUGCACAAGCUGAAGCAACCACAGAAUUUGCUGGGCUUUCUGCAUCAAGGAGUGCUAGCAACUUGAGGGAGGUCGAUCUUAAUGAAACACCUAGCACUCAAAAUAAAAGGCUUCACUCUAGGGUAGAAGCCCUCAUGAAGACAGUCGAGCUGGGUCGCCGCUACUUUCCACACUGCUCAGAAGUGCUUGAUAAAUUCAUGGAGGAUGACUUGCCUGACCUGUUUUACCUCCAGAAGGGCACACCAGAUGAGCAAAGGAUCAAGAGAAUGCGAUUUUGCGAGCUCAAGGACGACGUUCGCAAGGCUUUCAGCAAAGAUAAGGCUGAAAGCGGCGGGCGUUCCGGUUUCUCAUCCUCUUCUUCAUCCUCCUCAUCAUUCAAGGGAGACCUAAAGAAGCAGAAGGCUGCCAGAAAAUAAAGCUGAGAAGAUUUCAUUAUCUGUACUAUCUACAAGAAGGAAUUAGAUAACAACCACUAUUUAUAGUGUUUUUUGUUUGAGCAAUUGAUAGAGAUUUAGGCUUCGUUUGGGACGGCUUUCUUACUGCUUCUUAAAACAACGUUUUAGUACAAAAGUUAAAUUUUUUUUACUCAAAAACUGCUUUAAGAAGCAGUAAAAACCCCGCCCCAAACGAAGCCUUAGCUGUAACAGGUAUAACCAUAUAUGCUAAUGCUGUGAUUGCUUUGCUCUAUGUAAAAGUAGCAUUGCUUUCAGUUUGAUAUAAAUUGCUGUAAGAUAGAUAUUACAGUUGCAGCUUGCCAGUUUCGGCAUUUAUGUUCUGAUUUGAUGAAAAUAAUUAGGAAAUUUAGUUCUCUCCAGAAAAAAAAAAAAUACAACUUCUUUCA